AUGGCAGAAUCACCUGAUCAGAAAGACGCCGUCGCUCAUGACGAGCUCCAAUUGCCACCAACAACCAGCAAGUUCAAGUUCUCUUCCAAGUCCAACGAUGGAGACGUUGCACUGGCAUUAUUCAAUGAUCCAAAUGACCUGAACGAACCCAUCACGCCUGAGGAGGAACAGAAGUUGAUAAGGAAGAUCGACUUCCUCAUUCUGCCGCUGAUCGCGGUGAAUUAUGCCUUCUUCUACAUUGACAAGACCACUCUCAGUUAUGCUGCGAUAUUCGGCAUUCGGGAAGAUCUCAACCUGGUCGGGAUGCAGUACUCGUGGUUAUCCUCUUUGUUCUAUUUCGGAUUCUUAGCAUGGGCCUUUCCCACCAAUUUCCUGAUGCAGCGCCUCCCCCUAGGCAAAUAUUUGGGUGUCAACAUCUUCUUAUGGGGGUUCUUCCUGAUUUUUCAGGGUGCUGUACAGAACUUCGCUGGCCUUGCGGCGCUCAGAGUGCUCGCAGGUGCAGCAGAGGCCUGUUCAGAUCCUUCCUUCAUGCUCAUCACGUGUAUGUGGUAUACCCGCAAGGAACAGCCUGUCAAAAUUGGUCUGUGGUACACAGCGAACGGUGUUGGCAUCGCUUUGGGUGGUCUCUUGGGCUACGGCAUCGGCCACAUUAAUGGCGCCCUAGCUUCCUGGCGCUAUGAGUUCAUCAUCAUUGGCGCGCUAUGCUGUAUCUGGGGUAUCGUCAUUGGAAUCCUGAUGCCUGACAGCCCGGUCACCGCCAAGUUCCUUUCGAAUAGAGAGAAGCGAAUCGCAAUCGAGCGCCUCAAGAGCAACCAAACAGGCAUUGAGAACAAGCACCUCAAGCCCUACCAAGUCAAAGAAGCCUUCCUCGACAUCAAGCUGUACCUAUUCUUCACGCUUGGCUGCGUCUGCAACAUCCCCAACGGAGGAAUCAGCAACUUCGGAACCAUAAUCAUCAAAGGCUUCGGGUUCUCGACCCUCGUCACGACACUCAUGCAGAUCCCUUACGGCGUUCUCAUCGCGCUCUCCAUACUCCUGUGCGUCUUCCUAAACAACCGCUACGAGAACCGCCGCUGCCUCUUCGUCCUCAUCUUCCUGUGUCCAAACAUCGCCGGCGCCUUCGGCUUGCGCUUCGUUCCCCACGACCAGAACGUCGGCCGCUACAUCUGCUACCUGCUCACUGGACCUUACAACGCGGCUUUCGUGUUGAUCCUGAGCUUGCAGAUCGCCAACACCGCCGGCCACACCAAGAAGGUGGUCACCAAUGCGGUGCUGUUCCUGGGAUACUGUGCGGGAAAUAUUGCGGGCCCCUUCUUCUACUUGGCGGAGCAGUCGCCGACGUAUGAGCUGGGGAUCUGGAGCAUGAUCGUCAGUCAUCUGAUUGAGGUGUGCCUCAUCUCGACCUUCUGGUUUCUGAUGAAGCGCGAGAACGUGAGGCGGGAUAAGUUGCAGGCGGCAAUGGAGGGUGGCUUGGAGGGCCGAGAUCUGAACGCUACCGCAUAUGUGGACAUGACGGAUCGGGAAAACAUGAAUUUCAGGUACAUCUAUUGA